CUGUCAGGCUGCUAUGAAGCUGCGCUCGUGAUGAGAGGACAGAGACGCAGCUCUUCAUUACUGUAGGAAUAAAAGAGGACAGUAAUAUCUCAGACAGAAGGGAGGAGAUUUGCCGACGGCUCUCCUAUUGGUUUAGUGCAACCGUGAUGGCAUUGAGGAGACGGCUUCAUACUUUAUAAAGCUCCCCGAGAGUGAGGAAACCACUGUGAACUCCUUACAGCUGAAGUGCGCCGAGGAAAACCCGUGAUAACACUGAACCAUGAGCGAGAGGCAAGGAUCCGGAGCAGCCGGUGGCAACAGCAAAACCUCUGGGGCACAAGAUGCGUCUAAGAAGGACAUCCCCGAGGACUUUGACAUUGACAUGGAUGCCCCUGAAACCGAGAAGGCAGCCGUCGCCAUUCAAUCGCAGUUCAGGAAGUUCCAGAAGAAGAAGAAUGAUGACAAGUCGUAGUUGCCAGCGGACGACUCUGUCCGUAUGGCCCCAUCAGGACAGCAUGGUUUGAUGUUGCAUGUAAUAGAAUCCAUUCUGUAUGGACUCAAGGGAGGGAGGGAAAUCAAGGUCGUAAUCUGUCAAUCACUGAUCUGACCUGUUAUUUUACUGCUGUAACUGUGAAUUCUGUAGUUUAUAUCGAUUUUGGUUCUAGCUUUAUUCUCCAUUCUAGCCAAGAAUAUCUGUUAUACUAUUGGUGCAUGAUUUUCUUUUUUACCUCAAAGAGCUGGAUCGCCGGCCUGUCCUUUAUUUGUGAAAGCACAAUAUGUUUUCAUUUUGAACUGCUUACGAAAUUGAUUUUAGUCAGACACCGCGAGCAUCACGUGUAUAUAAAUAUAGAGCAGAACUUUAUUUUUGUUUCACGCCGUUAGUCCUCAGCUCAUGAAAUGCUUUGGCAUACAUUCUCAUCCCAAAAUAGCUUGUCUUUUGAAACCCAUAUUGUUGAAUAAUUCCCAGCUUAUCUUCCCAAAUCCCCACCGUGUGCUCGGUUCUCUUUAUUGAUUCAUGAUGUUGAAUUCAAUGCUGGAUGAAAUGACUUGAGAGCGUGUUUGAUUGUCUAGUUUGCUGUGGCAUAUCAUAACCUUUAUGUUCAUUUUCUUCCUUUGCAAAGGAUCAUGGCACAAUCAUUGGCCAAAUCAAACACUCAAUGAUUUCUAUCUCACCUCAACUCAUAUCUCAACUCAGUCUGAUUGAAACAAGAAACUAUUAAUAAACAUCCUUGAGUCUCUGGAAAUAAAUACUGCAUUGUCUUUUAAUUGAAACUCAAUCUUAAAGCAGGAUCCUGUUCUUGAAUAAAUGAAAUAAUAUGAUAAACUAUCAACAUGAUGUUUAAAAUAAAAGACACAUGAAAAUUACAAAGCACAUUUCAGUGUUACCUUAUAAAAGGGAUAGCUCACCCAAAAAUCAAAAUUUCACCCUGAUGUUCAAUUCCAAAGCACAAAAGAAAAUAUCAUGAUUAACCUAAGACAUUUUUGAAAUUUUUCAAAAUGUCUUUUGUUUUUUACUCAAGAAAGAAAAUCAUACAUGUUUGGAACAACACAAAGGUAAGUAAAUGACGUGAGGAUUGUCAUUUUUUGGGUGAACUAUCCAUACUAGUCAGUUGUAUUUCUUAAAAAUAUCUGUGUGACAUUUGGAUUAUUCUAAGGUAACGGUGUCAUUUGCACCCCAUUUGUGACCCUGGACCACAAAACCAGUGUUGUGUAAAUUUUUUCGAAAUUGAGAUUUAUACGUCUGAAUAAAUAAUAUUUCCAUUGAUGUAUGGUUUGUUAGGAUCGGACAAUAUUUGGCCGAGAUACAGCUAUUUGAAAAUCUGGAAUUUGAGGGUGCAAAAAAAUAAAAAUAUUGAGAAAAUCGCCUUUAAAGUUGUCCAAAUUAAUUCUUAGCAAUGCAUAUUACUAAACAAAAAUGACGUUUUGAUAUAUUUACAGUAGUAAAUUUACAAAAUAUCUUCAUGGAACAUGAUCUUUACUUAAUAUACUAAUGUUUUUUGGCAUAAAAGAAAAAUCUAUAAUUUUGACCCAUACAGUGUAUUUUUGGCUAUUGCUACAAAUAUACCCCAGGGACUUAAGACUGGUUUUGUGGUCCAGGGUCACAUUUGUGUCUCUGUGACAAACUAUUGAUAUAAUCAACAUUAUAUGGAUGUUAGUCACAUUAUUUGAUAGAUAAAGUUUUUGAUGGGUUUAUUAGCAAUUUUAUCAUCUUUAUUAUUAUUUCAUUGUUUACACAUAUACUGACCUCGUCUAGCUCAGCUUUUAAACUCACUUUACCACAUUUAAAAGAGCUUUUUCACAGUAUUUGGAAAAUUUGUGUAUAUGUGUAAUUAGGAAAUUCCCAAUAAACCAAUAAAUUCCCAAUAAACCAAGACAUAUUUUUUU